AUGCUGGCUCCGCUAACUGCAGCCGUUGGCCUAACCUGUUCGGGUCUUGUCUCAGGUCUGACGCUCGCCUACCCACUCCUGAUCAACACGCACUUUCUCGAUGCGCAGGGGAUCAAGAUUAGCCCUGCCGCUGUCCAUGUCAACCUCUCCAUCGCCCAACGCCUCACGCUAUGGGAGCGCGCCUUCAAAGCGGGUUACGUCAUCCCCGCCCUCUCGCUCCUAACCGCUGUCUCACUGGCCACAUUUGCGCUCACCACCGACCCGCGCAAUGACAAGACUGCCUUCGCCAAGCGUCUCGGCGGCGGCAACUGGCAACAGCGUAAGAAGCUCAUCUUGGGAUCCGCCGCUUUCACGGGCAGUCUCAUCGUGUUUACCGUCAUCGCAAUCUUGCCCACCAACAGCAAGCUCAUGGCGCUCCGAGAGGCGGCGAAUGGCAAGCAGCCGAUCGACGUCGCGCAGGCCGAGGCAUUGCUCAACAGGUGGACGCAGCUGCACAACGUGCGCGUCGGUGCGGCGCUCAGUGGCUUUGUCAUGGCACUGUACGCUUUCGUUGCGCUCUAG